GGCAGGGGGAUGUGUAGCCCAGGAGCGCUUGUUGAUACUACAGACGAUUUGAGCGACAGUAAUCGAAAAACAAGCCAGUGUCACUCAGUGCAGUCCAGUUCAGAGAUCGCAUCUGCGGAGGUGACCCAUUGCCGUGGUCAUGGACACCACGACCUCUCUGAAGAUGACCACCCUGGCCAUCCAGAGUCUGUUCAGCUACGUGGAGGACGAGAACCUGGCCGCCAUCAAGCUCCACCUGGACAAGUUCCGGGAGGUGGACAGCCGCAGCGAGAACGGCCAGACUCCUCUGAUGGUGGCUUCAGAGCAAGGCAACAUAGAGAUAGUGAAGGAGCUCAUCAGGAGAGGAGCUAAUGCCAACCUGGAUGACGUGGACUGUUGGACGGCUCUGAUCUCUGCUGCCAAGGAGGGACACUUGGAGGUGGUGAAGGAGCUGCUGGAGAACCAUGCCAACCUGGAGCACAGAGACAUGGGGGGCUGGAGUGCCCUCAUGUGGGGGGCCUACAAGGGCCGGGUCACCGUGACCCAGAUGCUCCUGGAGAAGGGAGCCAACCCCAACAUCACUGGCCAGUACAGCGUCUACCCCAUCAUCUGGGCAGCAGGGCGAGGCCACGCGGACAUCGUCCACCUCCUGCUGCGGCACGGAGCCAAGGUCAACUGCUCCGACAAAUAUGGCACCACUCCUCUGAUCUGGGCCGCUAGGAAGGGUCACUAUGACAGUGUGAUGCACCUGCUGAUGAACGGCGCAGACGUGGACCAGGAGGGAGCGAACUCGAUGACGGCUCUGAUCGUGGCGGUGAAGGGGGGCUUUACCGAGGUGGUGAAGGAGCUUCUGAAGAGGAACCCCAACGUCAACAUGACCGACAAGGACGGUAACACGGCCCUGAUGAUCGCUGCUAAAGAGGGCUACACGGAGAUCGUGCAGGACCUGCUGGACGCAGGCACCUACGUCAACAUCCCAGACAGGAGUGGAGAGACCGUGCUGAUCGGAGCCGUGAGAGGAGGCCAUGUGGAGAUCGUCAGAGCCCUGCUCAACAAAUACGCCGAUAUUGACGUCAGAGGACAGGAUGGUAAGACUGCCCUCUACUGGGCGGUGGAGAAGGGCAACGCCACCAUGGUGAGAGACAUCCUGCUGUGUAACCCCGAUACUGAGAGCUGCACCAAGGAUGCAGAGACCCCUCUGAUCAAAGCCACCAAGAUGAGGAACAUUGAGAUUGUGGAGCUGCUCCUGGACAAAGGGGCCAAGGUGUCCGCUGUGGACAAGAAAGGAGAUACGGCCCUCCACAUCGCCAUCCGGGGGCGGAGCCGCAAGCUAGCUGAGCUCCUCCUGCGUAACCCUAAAGAUGGCCGUCUGCUGUACCGGCCCAACAAGGCCGGGGAGACGCCCUACAACAUCGACUGCACCCACCAGAAGAGCAUCCUCACCCAGAUCUUUGGAGCCAAGCACCUGUCUCCUUCUGAGUCUGAUGGGGACAUGCUGGGGUACGACCUGUACAGCAGCGCCCUGGCAGACAUCUUGAGUGAGCCCACCAUGCAGCCUCCCAUCUGCGUGGGCCUGUACGCCCAGUGGGGCAGUGGCAAGUCCUUCCUGCUCAAGAAACUGGAGGAUGAGAUGAAGACGUUUGCAGGCCAGCAGGUGGAGCCACUGUUCCAGUUCUCCUGGCUGGUGGUGUUCCUCACCAUGCUCCUGUGCGGGAGUGUGGCCCUGGUCCUGGGCUUCACCGUCGACCCCAAGCUGACCAUCGCCGUCUCCCUCAGCCUCCUGGCCCUGAUCUACAUCUUCUUUGUGCUGGUGUACUUCGGGGGCCGCCGGGAGGGCGAGAGCUGGAACUGGGCCUGGGUGCUGAGCACCCGCCGCCAGGUGGGAUACCUGGAGCUGCUGCUCAAGCUCAUGUUUGUCAACGCCCCCGAGCUGCCGGAACAGACCACCCGUGCCCUGCCCGUCAGAUUCCUGUUCACAGACUACAACCGUCUCUCCAGUGUGGGAGGGGAGACGUCCAUGGCAGAGAUGGUGGCCACGCUCUCAGACGCCUGUGAGAGGGAGUUUGGCUUCAUGGCCACCAGGCUCUUCAGAGUCUUCAAGAACGAUGAGAACCAAGGUAAGAAGUGGAAGAAGACCUGCUGCGUUCCGUCCUUCGUGCUCUUCGUGGUCACCCUGGGCUGUCUCAUCACAGGCAUGGCCCUCCUCGCCAUCUUCAAAGUGGACGGCGCCAACCUGACGGUGAAUGCCGUGCUCAUCUCCAUGGCGAGCGUGGUGGGGCUGGCGCUGGUGCUUAACCUCCGUACCUGGUGGCAGGUUGCUGACUCGGUGCUCAACUCCCAGAGGAAGAGGCUGCACAGCGCCGCCAACAACAUGCACAAGCUGAAGAGCGAGGGCUUCAUGAAGGUGCUGAAGCAUGAGGUGGAGCUGAUGUCCAAGAUGGCCAAGACCAUCGACGGCUUCACCCAGAACCAAACACGCAUGGCCGUCAUCAUUGAUGGACUGGAUGCCUGCGAACAGGACAAAGUUCUGCAGAUGCUUGACACGGUGAGGGUGCUGUUCUCCAAGGGGCCCUUCAUCUCCAUCUUUGCCAGCGACCCCCACAUCAUCAUCAAGGCCAUCAACCAGAACCUGAACAGCGUGCUGCGAGACUCCAACAUCAACGGCCACGACUACAUGAGGAACAUCGUCCACCUGCCCGUGUUCCUGAACAGCAGGGGCCUCAGCACUGCCAAGAAGCUGUGUCUGGCUGUCUCCACCAACGGAGACCUGGCUGGAGCGGAGGGCUGGAACGAGGACUUUGACAGGAAGCUGUCCCAGAACAGCCUGGGAGAUCAGGCCAAGUUUGGCAGCAAGAAUGCCCUCAACCGUAGGGACACGUACCGUCGUCGUCAGAUGCAGAGGACGGUGACCAGACAGAUGUCGUUUGACCUGACCAAGCUGCUGGUGACGGAGGACUGGUUCAGUGACAUCAGCCCCCAGACCAUGAGGAGGCUUCUCAACAUAGUCUCUGUCACAGGUCGCCUGCUGAGAGCCAAUCAGAUCAUCUUUAACUGGGACCGCCUGGCGUCGUGGAUCAACCUGACAGAGGAGUGGCCGUACAGGACAUCCUGGCUCAUCCUGUUCCUGGAGGAAACAGAAGGCAUCUCUGACCAAGUCACCCUCAAGACCAUCUACGAGAGGAUCUCCAAGAACAUCCCCACCACCAAGGACGUGGAGCCCCUGCUGGAGAUCGACGGAGACAUCCGGAGUUUCGAGGUCUUCCUGUCCUCUCGGACGCCCGUCCUGACGGCCCGCGACGUGGAGAUGUUCCUGCCCUGCACUGUCAACCUGGACCCCAAGCUCAGGGAGAUCAUCGCAGACGUCCGCGCUGCCAGGGAGCAGAUGCACAUAGGAGUGACCUAUCCCACGCUGCCCCUGCAGGAGGCCCCGCCCCGCGCCCCGUCCAUCUACAGCCAGCACUCGUCGGCCUGCUCCCCCACCGGCUCCUUUGUGGGCUCCAUGCCCCCUCCGGGGGUGAUGCCCCCCCAGCCACACAGCAGCUAUUUCAGUGGCAUGACCGGACCCCAGCACCCCUUCUACAACCGGCCAUACUUCCCCCACCAUGUCUAUCACCUGCCAAGGCAGUACGCCGGCCCCUCCCUCCUCCAUGCCCCCUCCUCCCGCCCCUUCAUAAAACCCGGCCAGCCCAGGGAAGCCAGCGGUGGACUUGAUGUUAUUCCAGAGGAUGCCAGAGAGGACCUCCCCCCCUCUCCCUCCUCCCCCCGAGAGCCCUACAUGGGUGGCUCCGGGGUUCCAGGGGCCCCCGUGGUCCUGCUGAGCUCUCUGAACGUGGACGUGGUGUGUGAGCGCGUCAAGCAGAUAGACGGCAUGGACCCCAACAUGCUGUCUCAGUACACCACCACCAUCAAGAAGGCCAACGUGAACGGGCGCGUUCUGUCCCAGUGCAACCUGGACGAGCUGAAGAAGGAAAUGGACAUGAACUUUGGGGACUGGCAGCUGUUCAGAGCCACGGUGAUGGAGCUGCGUCAGGCUGAGAGCCAGGCCCUGCAGGAGGACUCUCGGGCGGGCAGCGAGCAGGGCAGCAGCGUGCUCCAUGGAGACUCAGGACCCAGGCGCUCCGGGGCCCCCCGACACGACACGGGCUUCAGCCUCAACCUCAGCUUCGAGGAGCUCAGCACCGCCGGCCUGGAGGAGCUCCCCCGAAACACCAGCAACACACACUGGCCGGCGCCCGGCCACCGCACCUCCAGCAUGUCCAGUCUCAACUCCCAGGAGUCGUCCAACGACAUCUGCAAGCUGACGGACAAGCACCAGGCUGAGUACCGUGAUGCCUACCGGGAAUACGUGGCCCAGAUGGCCCAGCUGGACCUGGCCGGCAGCGGGGGGGAGAGGCCUGUCCUGCCCCUCCUCGGACAGUUCCUCCAGAACCCAGCCCCCGACGACAAGGCGAAGGAAGGUGCUGACCAGGAGGGCCGUAAACCCUUCCCCAAGCGAGGAGCCAAGCCCUCCGACACUCCAGACUUCCCCUGUGCAGCUGAUGGCCUCCCCCUGGACCCCAUCAGCGAGGAGGACGAGAAGCUGGACCACAGCUCCUCUAAGCCAGGCUCCAAGGCCAAGGGAGCUGGGCCCCUCUAUCAUAAGCUGCCCAGCGAUGAAGACUCUGGGCCAGAUGAGUCCUCUGACAGCACCCCUCUUCUCCACCAGGGCACACACACACCCUCCUCCACCACCAAGGCCCCAAGUUCCCUGGCCAAGGUAAGCCUGCUCCCCGACUUAGCCAUGGAUAAGAAGGACUCCUCCGACUCUGGGGUGCGCUCUGAAGAGAGCUCCUCGGUCCACUCCCUUGAGGAGGCUGAGGGCGAGGAAGAGGAUCUGCAGGAGGAUGUCGUGAAGCCCAGUCUGAUAGAGCUGGAGCUGGAGGGUCUGGUGAAGAAGCGUGGCCUGCUGCCCAGCAGCCUGAGUGGGCUCCAGGACCCAGCCGUGGCCCGCAUGUCCAUCUGCUCUGAGGCAGCCUCCGAGGCCAGCCUCAUGGCCAGCAGCCCCGACGAGACCUGGCCGGCCACGCCUGGGGGAGGCCUCACCAACCUGAACCGCACCCCCAGCAACACCACGCUCAACAACAACACCAACAACUCCACCACCAACAGUCAGCAGGCCGUCAUCCCAGACCAGGAGACGUCCACCACCUCCUCACCCCUCAACCCCUCGGUUAUCAUCACCUCGGGCUCCAGCACCGAUACCGUGGGCCUCCGCAACCAAAACCUGAGGGGCAUCAUACUAAAGAGGGGCCUCGGCACAGAUGAGGCCCUGGGGGACGAAAGAGAGAGCGUCCUGUAAGGAAGGAAGGGAGUCCUACUCUGUAGGAUGGGGUUGAUGUUGUUGGAUGUUGUGAAGUGUUUCUAAAUGUGGAUGUAGAGAAAUCGGUAGCAGUUACAUUGGUAGGACCCCCCCUUGUUGUUCCUGAAUGUGAAGAUUAUUAAAAAUAUAUAUAUCUGAAGUUGAUUAAGUGGAAGUAAGCUAUUUGUUUUAAUUGAAUAAGAGGAAAAAGUAGUAAUGGUUAGUAUCACAGAAAAUUACCAUUCUUUUUCAGUCCGACAUGAAAAUAUUUAAUUUUGGGAUGAAGAAAUAACAGCCUAAAACUGAAAUAAUUUGAUUAUUCAAUUGUAUGUAAAUGAUGUUUAACAACCAAGGAGGUUGUAUUAAUUAGAAACAUCUCUAAAUUCAAACUUUUUUUUAUUGAGUUGGCUCUUCUGCUGUCAAGUUCACAUUUGCAAUUUAAUGUUGUGGUGUAUCUGUAGAAAACAUAUUGUGGAGUGUUGUGUUUUCCAUGGUGGCUUGUGGAGUUAUGCAUUGGUGGUAAAUGUACAGUGGUGUGCAUGUUGUGCAGUGUUUCGUGCUUUAUUUGAUCCAUGUGUUGCUAACUACUGCAAACAAUAUUGACAAAAAGAUCAACUGAAAAAACUGUAAUUUAAAUGGUCAUGCAAUGUGCAUCUUUUUCUUGUGACACCUUUCUCCACAUUGUUACUCAAAUGAAACUAGAUCUGCUGCCAGUGCUGUGCUAGACAGCUGAAGAUGGGGAGUUCAGUUGUAAACCGUGGUGUUGUGUGUUACUGUGACUGGUAGAAAACACAAGGGUUUCUUGAUACAGUGCCCUGAACGGUACAGUGCUUUUCUUCAAGGUGCUAUGUGAUGAUUUUUGUGAAUGAAAAUAAACCUAUUGGAUGUUUGAACUCCA